CUCUCUUGUUAUUUCAUAGGGAGCUCCAAAAAAGCCACAGAAAGCCAGACAUAGUUUCAGGUCAGCUGACGAUUUUUGAGUCUGUUGAAAAAAAAAAACCGCAGACAUAGCUAGUGCAUGUAAAGACACGGCCAUCACUAAGUCACUAGCCUACUUUAUUGCAAAGGACAUGAUGCCCUUUAGAAUGGUAGAGAGGCCAGGAUUUAAUGCUCUGAUGAAAACAGUUGCUCCAAAAUACAAACUCCCAAGAAGACAAGACUUUUCUGAAAAAGAAAUCCCUAACAUGUACAUAAAAUUAAAAGAUGACAUUGCCAACUCUUUGGCUGAAGCAAACCAAUUUGCAUUUACAACUGAUCUCUGGACCAGUAAUACUGGACACCCCUAUAUGAGCUUAACAGUUCAUUUUAUCACACCAGCAUGGGAAAUGAAAGCUGCAUGUUUAGAGACUGCAUUUUUACCUGAUGAACACAACAGUGUAAACAUUAAAGAGACUUUCGAAAACCUAAUUCAAGAGUGGGGAAUUCAGCAGUCAGCAGUGGUGUGUGUAACCACUGACAAUGGCACAAAUAUGAAGUCUGCAUUUAAAUCCCUCCUCCCAUCAAACUGGCUCAGCUGCUUUGGACAUAAUUUAAAUCUUGCACUUGGAAAGGCCCUGAAGAUUGACCAAGUGGAUGCUGCGGUGAGGGCUUGCAGGAGUGUCGUCCAAGGAUUUAACCACUCAUGGAAGAGAAGGAGAGAGCUGGCGAAAAAGCAAGCAGAACUUAAUCUUCCUCAACAUACCCUGAUACAAGAUGUUGUCACCAGAUGGGGGUCUACAUAUGACAUGAUUUCUAGGUAUGUAUGAAUUUCUUGUGCAUGGCAAUACCCUGUUCAGUUAAUUAUUCUGUCAGUGUCAACUCAGCAUAAGCUUAAAAGGCACAGGGUGCAUGAAAACAAAACAAAUGUGAAUGAAAACAACAUAUAAAGAAAUGCAUUCCUUUUACUAACUCACUUGUAGUAACAGUUAGUUAGUACUUUUCUCACUCACAGACACACGUGCGCACACAUACAUCUGCUGGAUGCUUCUCAGCAAGCCUGUUGUGUAGAUUAGGAAUUUGUUUAUAACUUAAUAUAAUAUAAUUUUUGCAGAUUUGUUGAACAACAUGCUGCGGUGACAGCAACUCUCAUGGCUGACAGAAACACCAGGCAUCUUGUGCUAAGAGGGUCAUACAUCUCUACACUUGAGGACACAUGUAGGGUGCUGAAGCCACUCAGAACCUUUACCGAUUCCCUGGCUUCCGAGAAAUGCAUCACAAUCUCAUCCCUGAGGCCUGUCCUUCAGCAUCUGACUGAAUCCAUCCUGGCAGAAAAGGAUGAUGACAGCAGCCUGGUGAGGAGCAUGAAACAUGCUAUCGCUAUCUGUAAGAACUUAAAAGAGCGGUAUGAGGAUUCUGAUAUGGCUAAUGUGAUUAACAUGGCCUGUGUACUUGACCCCCGCUUCAAGUUGAACUUCGUGGAAGAGGCAGAUUCAAUCAAAGGACAGCUAGAGCAACAGGUCAUGCAGGAGUCUUCUGCAAAUGAAGGUAGCACUUCUACUCUCUCACAGGAGUCUUCUGCCAGAGGAGAAUGUGAAGAUGAGGGGACCAGUGUCUCUGUCCCUGAGGCCCCAAAAGGCUUGGCUGGUCUCAAAAUAAUAACAAAGAAAAAACAGGAGAAAAACCAAUCAGCAGACAUGGUGAAAUCUACACUAGCAUUUCAAGAAGUUUCUGUUUACACAUCCUUGCCCACUAUUGCUGUCGAUAAAGACCCACUUCAGUGGUGGAAGGAUAAUGAGGAGGAGUUUCCAAGGUUGGCAAAACUGGCACAGAAGAUCCUUUGCAUUCCUGCCACCAGUGUUGCAUCAGAAAGACUUUUCAGUUCUUCAGGAAACAUUCAGACAGUGUUUCGCUCCAGUUUAAAACCAGACAAACUUAAUAUGCUUGUCUUCCUUCACACAAAUUUGCCAUAGAU